GGAUCAGAGUUAUUUUUCAUUCGGGAGAGUGGUGCCUGGAAGAUAUCACGUUCCACAAACUUAAGUACUUGAAACUGAGCUACUUGAAAGUCUCAAGGUGGGAAGCCUCAGAGGAAUUUUUUCCCCAGCUUGAAACACUUGUUAUAAAACAGUGUGAAUAUCUCGAGGAGAUCCCCCUUAGCUUUGCAGAUAUUCCAACUCUGAAACAGAUUAAGCUGAUGUGGGGCAAGAGCAAUAAAUCUCUGACGGCUUCAGCUGUGAGAAUUAAGAAAGAAGUUGAAGAGAAUGAAGGACCGUAUCGACCUCAUUACUGUGUGGUGAGUCAAGCACGUGCUUGUCACAACAACAUGGAGAGUAUCAAGCCAACAUUCACCUUGCUGGGAGCUUUGGUGUCAUGGAGUAAUUGAUAUGGUGUCGCCGCGUGCAAUUCAUGUUUUCUGCAGUCAAGUCGUCUGAUGAGACUGGUGCAAUAAAUUAAGAAAAACUCUUUGACUUUUUGCCUUUUCAAGCAUUGUUAAGUUUAAGUAAGUCUCUGUGUGGUUGUUGGAGAUAUUCGAUAAACUCUUUG